UAGCGCUAAACAUCGACAGGUGCCUCGUAGCCCUGUGUUGUCGUGUGAUGUCCGCGGAUAGUGAGCGAGACGCGAGCGGGUGUUGAGCGGAGAGAAGCGGUCGGUCAUGUUUCCCUCGACGGCUCCGGCGGCCGCUCCUGGGGGCAAAAACGCAGAAGAGGACGAAGAAGAUCAAGAUGCACAACCACCCGAGCCCGUGGAACUAGAAGAAGCGAUGAAACUUGUAGAGGAUCCAUCGUUGGACACCUCGAAAGAGAGAAUACUUUGUCUUCUUGUGAAAUUGUCGAAAAGGUUCCAUAAUGGUUUUCUUUUAAAGGAUCUUCCAGAAGUGUUCAAAGUCCUCAGUUUUUGUGCAGACAAGGCUAAUGAUCACCCUGAAUACAUUCCAGCAAUGUGUGAUAUACUGCGGAUAUGUGGGCUUCCAUUUCUAAAAGAAAAGUCAUCUGAUGAGAUGAAGUAUGCUCCUGUUGUGAGAGAAGCCCUCUCUCAGAUGGGUCUCUUGAUGAGGGUUCCAUGCGCUGAAGUACAGCUGCAGACUUGUGCUUCCAUAAUAUCAUCCUUCAAACAGUCCAAACACAAACACUGUGUGGAUGGGUUGCGCCUCGCAAGCCCUGGUUACAAAGUGCAGAUGCUUGAGCAGUGUGGAAUAGCAGAGACCCUGGUGCUCUCCUUGGCCCUGCUGGAAAACCAGCUGGAAGUGAAGCUACGGGUGCUGCAUGCUCUUCAGAUGCUUUCCAUCGCCUCUGAGGUGAACUGCAGGUUGAUACUGAAGGCACAGGGCGCCAGCAAGAUGUGCUCUAUCAUGACUGAGCAGGACCCGUCAGGACAGCUGCUGUUCCGUGCCUCCGAGGUCCUGUGGAACCUGCUGGAGAAGGGCAACAAGGAGGAGGUCACGUCGCAGCUCAGCAGCUUGGACUGCAUCCUGUCCUUAAAAGAAGCUUUUCUGAACCAGCUCUUCAAUGGCUUUCGCCAGUAUGAUCUGCAGCUGAGGAACGACCUGCUUGUCAUCAUAUCUCUCAUCGCAGAAAACCCUAAAGCUCCACUGAUUGAGAGUGGGCUGGCCAAGGAACUUGUCUCAUCUUUUACCUUUCCUGAAAUUAAAAGUCAGAACCCAUUACUUCGCAGUUUGAAGCUCUCUUUUAAUUAUGAAGACUAUGAAAUGAAGAAGCUGCUGUUUAACACAAUUGUCGUCAUGCUAAGUGAUCCAUGUGCUUUGCAGCUGUUCAAAGAGGGCAGCGUCCUGCUCGCUCUUUUCUACCACGUGAACCCCAGCAAGAAGCUGGAGAAGUGUUGCUGGUCCUCCGUGCAGCAGCAGGAGUUGCAGCUGCAAGCCCUGGCCACGCUGGUGUCUGUAGCUCCGCUGAUGCUGGACGACUACCUGAGUUGCCAGGGAAACACACGCCUGUUGCUGCUGUUAGAGUGGUGUGCGGAGCAAGAUGGCUACUUUGGACAGGGCCACAGCUUCCAUGGAACAGGGGGUCGGGGCAGCAAAAAGGCCCAGCUGCGCUACUGUUUACGGCUGCUGAGAACAAUGGCAUCUCUUGCUAAUGAGACACUCAACCAAGACCUCUGUGAUGAAGGUGCCAUCACCCAACUCCUGGGAAUUAUAAUGCAAGUCGAAGCGGCCUAUGAAGAAGACGCAAUCACGCUUGAGAUUACAACUGAUAUUCAGCUAAUCCUGUCAGCCCUUUGUGAAGACCAUCUCCACAGAAAGGAGUUGUUUGGAUCUGACGGAGUGGAAAUGACGAUCCAUUUCCUCAAGACUAGUGCUGGAAAGUUCUACAGCGGACUGGGGCACAACAAGCUCAUAAUCUCCACUGUUGACUGUGUCUGGUCCUGCAUUGUUGGAUGCGACACUACGGAAGACCUGUUUUUGGAAAAAGGAGGCGUAUUUCUUCUACUUGAUUUACUUGAGUCAAGCCCUACAGGCAUACACAGCGUGGUCCUUGGGACGGUGCUGGAGCUCUGCGACAACCCCAGGACAGUGUCCCUCAUCGGUGCCUGGAGGGGCUGGGCAGGCCACACUGCCGCUCGGCUCCUGGUUCAGCUCUGGAAGGAGGAGGAGAGGGAGCUGGGUGUGAAGCGGGAUCACCAUGGAGGGAUUGUGGACACCAAAAACCCCAUCCUGUCCGCAUACCAAGGCAAGGACCCAGAGUCACUGGAGCCUUUGCCUGCUGACAAGCCCAGUGCGGCUGUGAUGGAUGUGAUGGAGAACCUGCGAGCAAAGAUCUACUCUAUAUUCUGUAAAAUAGGUUUCGAAGACCUGCCUGGAUUGACGGCUGCAGAUUACGUCACCAUUGCUAUCAUAAGGAGAUAUUUGGAUUUUAAGGUGGGAGAGGUGUGGGAUGAGAUAACCAGGGAGCUGGAGGCUGAGGAAGUGAGGCCCAUCUCUCCAGAUGUGGAAGCCCUCCAGGCCAUCGCCAAGGCAACGGAGGACAAGGUCAAGAUAGCGACCUCAGAACAGGCAGAGCUGCUGGAGAAGCAGCGGCAGCAGGACCUUCAUAAAGAACAACUCCUCUACUCAGAGAUCAAGUUUAACCAUAAACAGCAGGAGCUCACUACAAAAUCUUAUGAACAUUUCUUGGCUAGGACAUCAAACUACAAGAUUUUACUGGAGUCUAGAAAGAAACAGGAAGAAUCAAUUGAAUCGUCCAAAACUGAGAUUAAAGAUGAUGAAUCCAUUUUUCACCCAACCCAGAUUGCUGGUUUACAUGUUACAAAUUUCUGUGGCCGUGUGAUCACGGUAGACAGCACACCCACGCACCUGACAGGAGGGCCCCUGGCCAACACGGAGCUGGCCCUGGAGAGAGUACCCAUCCAAGGUGGAGCCCCACAGAGACUCACAAAGGGCCCCCCCAUGGGCUCAGUGCCAGUCAGAUAAACAAACCUCCAUACUCCUCUCCUUUUCACACGUUGUUUUUCCAAAGCUCCUCAUAAAAAUGCACCUUCCUUGUUUUGGAUGUUUCAAAUUACAGUGUUUUAGCACAAAAGCAACAUUUGCUCAGUAUAUAUGUGUCCUGCGCACGAUCGCGUUGAAGCUCAGUCUAUCUGUUCCUCGUGCAACUCUAAACAAGCAUCUCAACCAUCUUAUAUGUGCAAUGUAGUUUAAGGUAAGAUUUGAUCCACUAGCUUCCCUUCUGUGAUUGUAUUGCAUAUGGUCAUUAACGCUGAUUCUACUUCCACGUUAUCCUUGUUAAAAGUACAUUUUUAAUUAGGAAUGUUUGACAAAUUAUCUUGGGAAAUUAUCUUGUAUGAAUUAUGUUUAACUGUUACUACCCAACAUCUAAAAAAUAUAUGAAUG